AUGCAAUCGAACGGUGGGAUGAUGUCGGUGGAAUCCGCUCAGGAUUUUUCAGUAAACACCAUCCUAUCGGGUCCCGCAGCUGGGGUUAUCGCUGCCACCAAGAUCGCCGCAGAAAGCGGUUUUCAGAACCUGAUUGGUUACGAUAUGGGAGGCACGAGUCUUGAUGUAUCCCUAGUAACAGAGGGCAAACCGGUCGUGUCAAACGGGAUAGAACCGGAGUUUGGCAUUCCAAUCAUGGUGUCGAUGAUUGAUAUUCAUACCAUCGGCGCGGGUGGUGGUAGCAUCGCCCGGAUUGACGAGGGAGGUCUUCUCCAAGUAGGUCCCGAAAGUGCCGGUGCUGAACCGGGUCCCGUCUGCUAUGGACUGGGAGGCACUGAGCCCACAGUCACGGAUGCUAACGUGAUUCUGGGGCGGAUCAACCCGGACUAUCCCAUCGCUAGAGCGACCGAUUUUUCGUUUGACCUCGAUACAGCCCGGUCUGUUCUCAUCGAGAAAAUCGGUAAACCGCUCGGUCUCUCCCUAGAAGAGGCGGCACUGGCAAUCCUCACCAUCGCAAAUAACCGAAUCGCCGGUAGCAUCCGGCGCAUCUCCAUCGACCGUGGACAUGAUCCACGAGACUUUGUUCUUUUCUCCUUUGGGGGUGGAGGACCACUGAUGGUCAGUUUCCUCCUACGGGAGCUUGGUGUUUCACAGGCACUUGUCCCCUACUAUCCCGGCAUCGCCUCCGCUUGGGGGUGUGUCAUCGCCGACCUCCAGCACGAUUUUGUGACCAUGAUCAACCGGCGUCUCUCCGAACUCGACCCAACCGAUGCAGAGGGGAUUUUUGCUGAACACCUCGCGCAGGGAGAACGACUAAUCAAGAGAGAGCAGGUCCCCCUGACACAGGUAAGUGUUUUGCGGGAAGCGGAGAUUUCCUAUGAGGGGCAAACCCAUGUCAUACGGACACCGCUACCGGCGGGACCCGUGUCUCCCCUCGUUAUUGCAGAAAGUUUUCGUCGCGCAUAUCUCCGGCAAUACGGGCAAGUCGAUGAGACAUUUAGUGGAUUAGAGACACUGUUGGAUAGCAUCCCAAUCCGCCUGUUAAAUCUUCGCACAUCUGUGAUUGGUGUACGCCCAAACCUGUCACUGAAAGACUUUAUUCCCAGUCCCAAAACCACCUUGCAAGACGCACAGAAAGGUGUCAGACCUGUCUACGUGGAAGAUCGGUUUGUGGAAUGUCCCAUCUAUGAUCGUUCACUGCUCCCGUGGGGUAGCGAUUUCUCCGGGCCCGCUGUCAUCGAGCAGCCGGACACGACCAUCUGGAUUGAACCUUGGGUCCGUGUCCGUGUGGACGAAGGUGGAAAUCUUUUUCUUAGUAUAGCGUAA